GUUUUAAUUCAGAUCAUGACAAUGUACGGUUAGUGAGAGUUUCCAACCCACUUAAAGACAAGUUUCAUCAACCGUCAAUGCUCCUAGUGCAGUUUCUCGCUGAACGUAAGAACAGAUCUCUUUCACAUGAUUUGUGAAAGCAAAGAUUGAAAUUGUUUGUCUGGAUUCUAAUUGGUGAAAAAAAUUCUGCAUUUAUUUGCUGUCUUGUGUGUAUUACAAAUAAAUUCUAAAUUGAAAAUUAUCAUUGUAAAAGAGAACACAAUGAAAUUAUGGUUUAUAAUUUAUGUUGUUAAUUAAGUGCUAAAUCAUUAUCUAUUGAUUUAUUAAAUCUUUGAAUGUAAUGCUUGAGGAAAAUUUGCAUUUUUUUCUCAAAGUCGUGUGAAGCAUCUUCUUGUUGUUGUAUCAGAAAAAAGACAGCACAUAAUCCAAGAAUUUUAUAUAUAAAAUGUAUAUAUAAUAUAUAAAUAUAAUUUAUGGGAAAAUUAAAUUAGCAAUUCGUGAGAAAAAGUGAUUUAAUGGUACAAUGUAUUGAAUAAUUUAAAAUGAGAAAUAUCAAAACUCCUUAAAACAAUUGAUCCAAUUUAUUUCUUAAUGGUGGUCAAAGCCUGAAAAUCUAAUACAAAUUGAAUAUGAAUUUUGUAUAUAUUGGUUAUUUAGAGCACAGUGUGUUGUAAUUUGAUGUAUAAUUUUUACAUGAAAAUGAAUAUGUGAGGUACUGACUCCAACAGUCUAAUUUCACUUUUGCCCACAACAUUUUUUUAACAUAAUAGCUUUGUAAAUAUUUUAAUUUAUCAUUGAAUUCAUUUGCUAAUAAAAUAGGAAAUUUCAAUGUUUUUUGUAGGUUUUGGCGUGCGUUCAGGCAAUACUGAUGUUCAUUGAGGGAAAAAUGGAGAAUAAGUGGUUUUGAUUUCAAAUGUAUAACAAGUUAUAUAUUUGUUCAUUAGUUAUUUAUGCUGGAUUCAUCAGUCACAAUCUUUUUCAAUUUGAGGAAGAAAAUAAACCUUACUUCAGUCUUUCUGUUCCUCCUCCUAUGGCUGCCUUAUGUUAGGUUUUUCUAUUUCCAUAUGACAUGGUUCUGGUAAUAUUCUUUAAUUUUCACAACUUUUAUUCUGUCUUAUGGUAAACAUUUGAUACACUAUUUUAACUCUAUUUUCAUUUUAUCUUUGUCAUUUAUAAAUUGCACAAUUUUGUAAGUGCAAUGUAGCAGUUUUACGGAUCAUACUUUAAGAAUAAUUCUAUUGGAAUAAUCUGACAUAAAGUUCAUUGGUACUUUUACAUUUUAUAUUCAUUCUUCAUGAAGUUAUUUCAGAGCAAGUUUUUAAUAACAGUUUGCAUCCACUGAUAUUUUAAUGCAUAUUCAUCAUACUAAGAAAAUGAAAUAAAUAUACAUUUAGUGAAGAUGUGUGCAAUGUGUUAACCCCUCUACUGUGGAUGUAGACCAUAAACGCACAAUUUUUGGUGAAUGAUAUUUUCUUAACACAAAAUAAUUCCUCUUUGACCCAUUACUUUUAGUAGUAAUAUGUACAUCAAUCAAAUGACACAACUGCCCUUUGUAGAUGAAAGCAAUUGUUUGGCAUCAAAACUUAAAGUGAACUGAACACUGAAUGCAACGUAUUGAGCAAUGCGAAAAAAAAGAAAAAAAUUGACAUUAGCAUUAUUUGUUUAACAUUGUUGCUAACAGUUACAUGCUUCUCUGCUUACUAGAUGGGCUAAUGAAUAUAUUUUUCACUUGAUGGAACUUUUAAUCAAAUUUUUAAAUAUGGAAACAGAUAUACCAGCAUGAAUUGUAUCUUAAGGUUAAGGUGGUAAGAAAUGUAUAAAGUUAUUGACAAUUUUUGCUGUGAAAGUAAUCUUUAACCCUGUGUAUUAUAUUUUAUCGAGCAAUUCAAAGAAAGAAAAACAUUCUACCAUAUUAAAUUUAGCAAUAGUGUUAUAUUCUUGUUGAAGUGCCAGUAACCUUGAAGUUUUGUGAUGGUAAUGUUUUGGGAUAAUUUAUACUAUAUACAUGUUAGUGCUAAGGUAAUUCUCUCAUCUAUACUACUUAGUACAUGACAACGGUUCUCUUUUUUUCUUUAAUCAUUAAGGAACAUAUUAUGUAAUAAAUUAUUUGUAAAUUGAAAUGUUUUCUUUCCCUGAAAACAAAUUUCAGUAAUGGGGUCAUUUCAUGUCAAGUGGUCUAAUUUUGGAGAAAUGCUCCAUGUGACCAUCUGAGAUUUGCAGAGAAAUUUUGUUCCCGAGUCUCACAUAUCUGAAAGGAAAUUUUAUGAUGUUGUAUGUUCACAGGUGAACCAGUUUUUGAGAUAAAACAGAUUGUUUGACCCUCUUUGUACAGUAUAACUAUAAGAUUUUCACUACUGGGGUACAAUAUUUCCUUCUCCAUUAUCACUAAACAGAUUAAACAAAUCUUACUUCUCCAACUUAUUCCAUUCUGUUCUAUGAAUCUAAUAUCAGUUUUGACUUUUUAACACCGUGGGAGCAAUGUAACAAAGUCACUGAAAAAAAUUAGUUUUAAAAAACGUCAGAUUUUAACGUUGAAUAACUUCGUUAAUAUUUGAGUAAGAAACGUACUUAGCUCAUAACAUGUCAAUAUUACAUUUUUUGGUACUGCAUUAUUUCAACUUCCAGCUCCUACUAUAACUUAAAAAAAAAUACUAUAACUUAAAAAAAAACGUAAAUUAAAUUUAAUAUUGAUGAUUUUGUUAAAAAGUCCCAACAUAGGGUGUUUCCAGCCUUCUUUUACAGAAAAGUGCAUUCUAGAAAUUCUUUCAAACCUACUUCAUUUGAAAGUGUUAGUGUUCAAUAAAAGAUCCAGAUUUUUUAAUUGUUGUAUAGUUUCCUCAAUAUUCAAGCAGGUUUAAUAAGAUUAAAACCUAAUCUUAAUGUAACAUUGGUUUUUAUACCAAAUUUUAACCUCCCAGCUCCUAACAUGACUAAACAUUAAGUGUAAAAUUGAUGAUUUUUGCAGAAAGCCUCAAAAAAGUGUAUUAUCAACUCAUGUUUACAGAAAAGAGAAAUGAUUUAAAACAUAUCUCAUUACAAAGAUCAGAUUUUGAAGCUCUUAGUAUAGUAUUUAUUUGUCAACAUUGGCUUACAUGUUUGUAACUUGCAUUCAAAGUUUGGGUGGGAAAGGAUGGGGAAAAAUUAUUUCAAUCUAUUAAAUAUGUUUCAAAGUUUGUGUAUUAUUAUUAUUAAUUAUUAUUAUUACUUAUU